AGUGGCAGACGCCGGGCCUAGAGCUCCUGGUUGGAGCGAACCGAGGCGAUCGAGCCCAGGAAUCACCCGGGUCACCGUUCCUGAGGUGAAACGUGAGCCCGGUGCCUGUAAUACCAAGGCCCGGGCCGGGCCGGGCCAGGGGUGCCCGCGGAGCCCUAAGUGAACUCGUGGCGGGGCUGGCUUGAUCCUUCCAACAUCCGCAGAAACCCCCGAGUCCAGGCCCGGCCGGGGCUCGAUGGGCCGGGGGUCCGCGCUGACCCGGUGACUGCAGCUGCCGAGCCAGGGCAUCGAGGGCUGGAGUGUCGCAGACCCUGUCCAUGGAGCUGGUGGACAAAGUGGACAGGGGGCGGUGGUGAUGGCGCAGUUUGACACAGAAUACCAGCGCCUAGAGGCCUCCUACAGCGAUUCACCCCCUGGGGAGGAGGAUCUGCUGGUGCAUGUCCCUGAGGGGAGCAAGUCACCUUGGCACCACAUCGAGAAUCUUGACCUCUUCUUUUCUCGAGUUUAUAAUCUACACCAGAAAAAUGGCUUCACUUGUAUGCUCAUUGGGGAGAUCUUUGAGCUUAUGCAGUUCCUCUUUGUGGUUGCCUUCACCACCUUCCUGGUCAGCUGUGUGGACUACGACAUCCUAUUUGCCAACAAGAUGGUGAACCACAGUCUUCACCCUACUGAGCCUGUCAAGGUCACUCUGCCAGAUGCCUUUUUGCCUGCCCAAGUCUGUAGUGCGAGGAUUCAGGAAAACGGCUCCCUUAUCACCAUCCUGGUCAUCGCUGGUGUCUUCUGGAUCCACCGGCUUAUCAAGUUCAUCUAUAACAUUUGCUGCUACUGGGAGAUCCACUCCUUCUACCUGCAUGCCCUGCGCAUCCCCAUGUCUGCCCUUCCGUACUGCACGUGGCAGGAAGUACAGGCCCGGAUUGUGCAGACCCAGAAAGAGCACCAGAUCUGCAUCCACAAGCGUGAGCUGACGGAGCUGGACAUCUACCACCGCAUCCUCCGUUUCCAGAACUACAUGGUGGCACUGGUUAACAAAUCCCUCCUGCCUCUGCGCUUCCGCCUGCCUGGCCUCGGGGAGGCCGUCUUCUUCACCCGUGGCCUCAAGUACAACUUUGAGCUGAUCCUCUUCUGGGGACCUGGCUCUUUGUUUCUCAACGAAUGGAGUCUCAAAUCUGAGUACAAACGUGGAGGGCAAAGGCUAGAGUUGGCCCAGCGCCUCAGCAACCGUAUCCUGUGGAUUGGCAUCGCCAACUUCCUGCUGUGCCCCCUCAUCCUCAUCUGGCAGAUUCUCUAUGCCUUCUUCAGCUACGCUGAGGUGCUGAAGCGGGAGCCAGGGGCCCUGGGAGCCCGUUGCUGGUCACUGUACGGCCGCUGCUACCUCCGCCACUUCAAUGAGCUGGAGCAUGAGCUGCAGUCACGCCUCAACCGCGGUUACAAACCCGCCUCCAAGUACAUGAAUUGCUUCUUGUCACCUCUGCUGACACUGCUGGCCAAAAAUGGAGCCUUCUUCGCUGGCUCCAUCCUGGCCGUGCUCAUUGCCCUUACCAUCUAUGACGAAGAUGUGCUGGCUGUGGAACACGUCCUCACCACCGUCACACUCCUGGGGGUCACCGUGACUGUGUGCAGGUCCUUCAUCCCAGACCAGCACAUGGUGUUCUGCCCUGAGCAGCUGCUCCGUGUCAUCCUGGCUCACAUCCACUACAUGCCUGACCACUGGCAGGGUAAUGCCCACCGCUCGCAGACCCGGGACGAGUUUGCCCAGCUCUUCCAGUACAAGGCAGUGUUCAUCUUGGAGGAGCUGCUGAGCCCCAUUGUCACACCCCUCAUCCUCAUCUUCUGCCUCCGCCCACGGGCCCUGGAGAUUAUAGACUUCUUCCGUAAUUUCACCGUGGAAGUCGUUGGCGUUGGAGAUACUUGCUCCUUUGCUCAGAUGGAUGUUCGCCAGCAUGGGCAUCCCCAGUGGCUAUCCGGUGGGCAGACAGAGGCCUCAGUGUACCAGCAAGCCGAGGAUGGGAAGACAGAGUUGUCACUCAUGCACUUUGCCAUCACCAACCCUGGCUGGCAGCCACCACGUGAGAGCACAGCCUUCCUAGGCUUCCUCAAGGAGCAGGUUCAGCGGGAUGGAGCAGCUGCUGGCCUUGCCCAAGGGGGUCUGCUUCCUGAAAAUGCCCUCUUUACAUCAAUCCAGUCCUUACAGUCUGAGUCUGAGCCUCUGAGCCUCAUUGCCAAUGUGGUAGCCGGUUCAUCCUGCCGGGGCCCCCCACUGUCCAGGGACCUGCAGGGCUCCAGGCACAGGGCUGAAGUCGCCUCUGCCCUGCGCUCCUUCUCCCCUCUGCAAGGUGGUCAGGCUCCCACGGGCCGGGCUCCCAGCACCAUGACAGGCUCUGGGGUGGAUGCCAGGACAGCCAGCUCUGGGAGCAGUGUGUGGGAAGGACAGCUGCAGAGCCUGGUGUUGUCAGAAUAUGCAUCCACUGAGAUGAGCCUGCACGCCCUCUAUAUGCACCAGCUCCACAAGCAGCAGGCCCAGGCCGAACCUGAGCGGCAUGUGUGGCACCGCCGGGAGAGUGACGAAAGUGGGGAGAGUGCCCCCGAAGAGGGGGGAGAAGGCACCCGGGGCUCCCAACCUAUUCCCCGCUCUGCCAGCUAUCCCUGUGCUACACCCCGGCCUGGAGUGCCUGAGACCACUGCCCUGCACGGAGGCUUCCAGAGGCGCUAUGGGGGCAUCACAGAUCCUGGCACAGUGCCCCGGGCUCCCUCUCAUUUCUCUCGGCUGCCCCUAGGCGGAUGGGCUGAAGAUGGGCAGUCAGCAUCAAGGCACCCUGAGCCUGUGCCCGAGGAGGGCUCAGAGGAUGAGCUUCCCCCUCAGGUGCACAAGGUCUAAACAAGGCUGAGGAGGAUCCCAAUGCCCAGGAUGGAGGCUGCUGUUGCCCUGCCAUCCCAUCCAUCUGCCAUGGAAGGGCUCCUCUGAGUGUUGCCUGGCUCCAGUGUGUGAUGUUUGUGUCUGUGCCUGGCCAAGAGAGGUGCCAACACUGGGCUUGCCACAGCCCCAGGAGAGGAAGCUGGGACCUAGGAAGCAGGGGCACACAGGACUAAUCUCAUCCCUAUGUCCCCUUCUCCCUGCCUACCGCCCAUUGGCUCAGAGUGUGGUGCUAGAAACUGGUCCCCAGUCCAGCCCCAGUACUGCCACCUUUGCACCCACCCCUGUAAGUUUUCCAGAGAGCUGCCCAUCACUGAAGCUGCCAAGCAGGGAGAACCUGUGCCAACUGCGGAGGGAGAGGUUGGGCCCGAGCCCUCAACCCCUGCGGCCCACCUUGCUACCCUGAAUAGAUGAGCAGCUCAGGCUGUGGCCCUUACCUCACCCCCAGUUCUCUCCCAGUGCUGCAGCCUGCUCACCUCUCCUGCUUUCUGCACUUCACUGGCAUGUGUGUGCUGCUUGCUUCCGUUCUGUUUGCUUGCUCACCUUCCGUUUGGCUUUUGCUUUAUGUUGGGGUGGAGGCCCUAGCUCUCAGCUCCCCUUUUGACACUAAGAAGGACUUUUUGACACUAAGAGGGAAGCUUUACUAAAUGUCAGGAGCAGGGCUCAAAAUUCUUUUCUGCCCUCUCCAACUUUUAGGAUGGGCCCCUGGGACACUGAGGUCUUCCUAGGCUCCCAUUGCUGCUUAAUUGUACCUCCCACCACCAUCUGCACAUGGGACAAACAGUGCUAAAGUGUGCCCUCGCUGGCUAUCUCCCAGCAAGAGCGCUCUGUUCUAUGUCGAGUUGUCCCUUAGAGAGAAUGGGGGAAGACAGGAUGGCCUGGCCCUAGGCUUUGGACAGCCGCACUGAAUGCUGGGACUCAGCGCCUACCCUCUGUCCCACCUCUCAGCCCGUUCUGGUCCGCCGCGGGUGAGUGGUGAACUGUGCUGCCCAAACUCACGGCAGAAUGGGUUGGGCACCGUGUACAGCUUGAUAACCCUUAAUAAAGAAGGGCCUUUGACUA